CCCUUCCUUUUUCUACAAGCAACGAUAACCCAGUCCCUUUCGACCGUGUUUGUCUGUUGUUGCGCGUCGUUACCCAGAAGCUCCCACCCCCAACGCGCUUCCCAGAAGCCUUCAAAUGCCAUUCCUCUCCCGCCGGUAAAGAGCGCGAGUGCUGUGAAGAGGCCCACCGCCACCACACACCUUUUCCAAGUGGCGAAGCAUGUUCGCCCAUUGCAGAGGCCCGGUCUGGGGCAUCGAUGACUUUUCGCGUUGUUUCGAACAAGACUAUCUCAAGACAUUAUUUCCCCUCGUCGUUUGCGGCGUGUCGCUCGUUUAUCUGCUGGUUCAACUCUACUUUGCCGCCACGGCUUCUAAAUACUACCAUGUCUACACCGUGCUGGACGACCCGCGCCAUGUCUGGGCCUUCAGCAGUCCUCACUACGAUGGCGACGCCGACGACAGCGACCUGGAGGACGACUUCGAUCGCAACGAGGACCUCGCCCUCCACCCGACUAUCAGCCACCACUCUAAAAUGGCCGUAGACAAACCCCGCGGCCAGCUCACGGUCGUGGUGCUGGAAGAGGCGGCCGUCCUGGCGCAGUUGGGCGUGCACGUAGCUAUACUGUUUACAGGCGCAUGGGGCAAGCACGGCAAGAUUGCCGCUCUGGCCAACAUCGCCGUCUGGUCAUAUAUUGCCACUCUGGCUUCGCUGAGGCUGCUAUUCUCUAGCACGAGCAGAUUCUCGCUUCCAAUGCUGUGGUACCAUACGGCCUUCAUAUACGGCUUCCAAUGGGUCAUUAGCAUGCUGCUCUUCCGAUCGGCCAUCAUCCACCCGAGAUCAGACGUCUAUCAAAAGCUCGCCAUUCUUGACUUUGUCCUUGUCUCGCUGCUCUUCCUCAUUUCAUUGCUGUCUAGGAAGGGCAACAAAACGGUAGAGCUGGAAUACGAAGGGGAUAUUACGCCUGCCAAGGAGCCCAUCGCCAGCGUCUUUUCGCUUGCCACAUUCAGCUGGGUGGAUUCCAUCGUUUGGACUGGCUACAAGAAGACAUACGAGCUCUCUGAUGUUUGGAACCUCCCACCAAACGACAAGGCUGCGGCUGUCAUCUCAAACUAUCGCCAGGUCAAGAAGACGUCUGCCCUGGCUUUCCACCUGCUGAAGUACUUCAAACGUGGGCUUCUGAUUCAGGCAGGAUGGGCUGUCAUGUCUGGCUUCCUUACGUUCGCUCCUACCCUACUCCUCAAAGUCAUUCUGGAAUAUGUCGAACGGCCAGACCUUACGCCUGUGAAUGCUGCUUGGUUUUACGUUAUCCUUCUUUUCGUGUCUGGAUGUCUUUCAGCGCUUGCAGAUGGACAGGCGUUGUGGGUCGGUCGAAAGACCUGCAUCCGACUACGCUCCGUGAUUAUCGGCGAACUCUACAGGAAAGCGCUGAAGCGCAGGGCUGCUGCGGGAACCGACAAAGUACUUGGAGAAGAGAAGAAGAAAGAGGAGGACGACGAGCCGAGUAGACUCAAGCGCAUGGUGACUUGGGGCCAAAAGAAGAAGAAGACACCUACCGAAAUCUCAAAGGCAGAAGAUGCGAAGAAGCCUGAUGCCGAUGCUCAGGUUUCGACUGGUGCCAUUAUCAAUCUUAUGGCCGUGGACGCUUUCAAGGUCAGCGAGAUCUGUGCAUAUCUUCAUUUCUUGUGGGCAAGCACCCCGGUUCAGGUCGUGGUAGCCGUUUACCUACUAUACCGCAUCCUCGGAUACAGUUCUAUUGCUGGUAUCGGAAUGAUGAUUAUUCUGCUCCCAAUCAACAUGUGGGUGGCAAGCCAAUUCACCAAGGUUCAGAAGUUGAUUCUGGCGGCCACCGAUGCGCGUAUCCAUACGACAAAUGAGGUCCUCACUAACAUCCGAAUUAUCAAGUUCUUUGCUUGGGAACAACGCUUCAUUGGUCUUGUGAAUGAGAAGAGACAUGUUGAGCUGAAGCACCUUCGCCGCAGAUACAUUCUCUGGUCGGUAGCAGCAACGAUCUGGUCUGGGUCUCCAGUGUUCAUCACGUUCCUUUCUUUCUACUUCUACACCAAAAUCGAACAGAAGCCUUUGAUCCCGUCGAUUGCAUUCACCGCUCUCUCAUUGUUCCAGAUCUUGAGGAUUCCGCUGGAUCAACUCGCCGAUAUGGUCGCGCACGUUCAAGAGUCGAAGGUAUCGGUUGACCGUAUCGAAGAGUAUUUGAGCGAACCGGAUACGGACAAGUAUGUGCAGCUUAAGAAUCGCAAGAAGGACGAAGAUGGUCAGCCGAUUAUUGGACUUGAGAACGGCACGUUCAGCUGGGGUGGCAAAGAUAUGGCGGAUCAGACAGCCGUUGAUGCCUUCAAGUUGAUGGAUCUUGAUCUUAAGUUCCAUGUCGGACAGCUCAACGUUGUGGUCGGACCUACUGGAAGUGGAAAGACGUCACUCCUUAUGGCGUUGCUGGGAGAGAUGACAAAGCUGAAGGGCGAAGUAUAUCUGCCGGGAGCCGGGAGCCGCGAAGACCUGACACCCGAUUCGGAAACUGGACUUAUUGAGAGUGUGGCUUACUGCGCUCAACAAGCAUGGCUGGUUAACGGUACCGUCAAGGACAACAUUGUCUUUGCAGGUAAUUGGGAUGCGAACCGAUACCAGGAAGUCAUCGCCGCCUGCUCCCUGAAGCGUGAUCUUGAGAUUCUCGAUGCGGGCGAUCAGACUCUUGUUGGCGAGAAGGGUGUCACACUUUCAGGUGGCCAGAAGCAGCGCAUCUCUCUCGCUCGUGCGAUGUACAGCAAAGCGCGUCACAUCUUACUCGACGAUAUCCUGAGCGCGGUCGAUUCUCACACCGCUAAAUGGAUCUUCGACGAAGCUCUCAGGGGCAAGCUCAUGCUCAAUCGUACCUGCAUUCUCGUCACGCACAACGUCAGCUUAUGCUUGCCGCAAGCGGAGUUUGUUGUUGUUCUUGAAAAUGGCAGAGUAGCUACGCAAGGCACGGCGUCUGAGGUCAUCAACUCUGGGAAACUCACAGAAGACCUUACGAAAUCGAGGCCAGCUUCUCGUGGAGCGUCAAGAGCCGCUUCUCGGGCAGCGUCAGAUGUCGAUGAAGCGGAAGGCGAAGUCAGUCAUGCGAAUGGAACUACAAACGGCAAUGUGGACGGCGCGCCCGAGUCCAAGCCGAAAGUCAGCAGCGCCACGGAAGAGACCAAAGCUGAAGGUGGUGUCAAGCUGACCGUCAUCUUGAUGUACUUGAAGGCUAUGGGCCCGUGGUACUAUUGGGUUGGUGCGUCUAUCGCCUUCAUCGUGCAGCAGAUCUCAUCCGUUUCGACAAGCAUUUGGAUCCGAACAUGGGCGAACGCAUACGCUGACAAAGGGUAUACGACCAUGGGACAUCAUAACCACUCUCCUAUCACUCAUAUUCCUACAAUGAACAGUAUGGGUACAUGCAUGAAGAGCGGCACUUGCAGCUGGAACCUUCCUUUCCUGGCCCAACCAGAAGAGCAGCAACACUACUCUUACAACAACCUCCAGACCGGCUUCAGCACCAUGAAGUCGCACUCGCAUUCCGAUGUCGACCCCAACUACUUCCUCAUCGUGUAUGCGAUUCUGGGAUUAAUCUUCAUGCUGAUCACCUUCUUGCGAGAAGGCUUCCUUUUUGGUGGAUCUCUCGCAGCCUCUCGACGAGUGCACGAGCGCUUGAUUCAGAAGGUGACACAUGCCAAGUUCCGCUUCUUUGACCAGACACCGUUGGGCCAACUAAUGAACCGCUUUUCCAAAGACGUCGAGGCUGUUGAUCAGGAAGUUGCACCUGUUGCCGUAGGUGUCGUCCAUUGCAUGGCUUCUAUCCUCACCAUUGUUGUGCUCAUCUCAGUCAUUACGCCUGCCUUCCUGAUUGCCGGAGUCUUCAUCUCGGUACUCUACUUCCUCAUUGGUCGCUUUUACAUCAACUCUUCGCGCGAUCUUAAGCGCCUCGAGUCCGUUCAGAGGAGCCCGUUGUUCCAGCAGUUUGGCGAGACACUGUCCGGCAUGACUACUAUCCGAGCGUACGGCGAGGAACGCCGCUUCAUCCGUGAGAACCUCAGCAAGAUUAACACUCAACAUCGACCUUUCAUCUAUCUCUGGGCUGCGAAUAGAUGGCUCGCGUUCAGGGUGGAUGUUGUCGGUGCGCUGGUCUCUUUCUUUGCGGGAACCUUUGUGGUCUUGAGCGUUGGACGUAUUGAUGCAGGUGCCGCCGGUCUUGCACUGACCUACGCUGUAACGUUCACGGAAAAUGUGCUAUGGUUUGUCCGGUUGUACUCUGCGAAUGAGCAGAACAUGAACUCUGUCGAGCGUGUCAAGGAGUAUCUUGACGUCGACCAGGAGGCGCCAGCAGUCAUUCCAGAGACAAGACCACCAUCGAACUGGCCGAGCCAAGGCUCAGUCGAGUUUAUCGACUACAGUACACGAUACAGACCUGACUUCGAACCUGUGUUGAGGAACUUGAACUUCAAGAUUCUCCCAGGCGAGAAGGUGGGCAUCGUUGGCAGGACUGGCGCAGGAAAGAGUUCGCUUGCGCUUGCGCUGUUCCGGGCUCUGGAGGCAGAGACGGGCAAGAUCUUGGUUGAUGAUGUUGAUGUUGGGUUGAUCGGUCUGCAGGAUUUGCGGGAGAAUAUCGUCAUGGUACCGCAAGAUCCAACGCUUUUCACAGGCACCAUCCGCAGCAACCUCGACCCCUUCUCCGUUUUCACUGACGAGGAAAUCUUUACUGCCCUUCGGGAGGUUCACCUCAUCUCGCCGACAUCGCAACCAACAUCUGGCACAGUCUCCCCAGCCGAGCUCGUCGCACCCCAGGCAAUCGAAAUCCCGAAUCCCACAACUGGCGCCGUUACAGCCGACGUGAAUGCAAGUUACUCCGCUUCAACCGUGAACCCAAGUUCCAUCCUCGCCAACCGCGAAUGGCACCACGGCGAGACAGGCGACGACGCCAUCGUAGUCAUGCCCGACGGCCAGCCAACAAACAUCGACAUCGCCGCUCAAAACGCCGCCCUCCAAGCCGAGAACAAAAACCCCUUCCGCAACCUCAACUCGCCCGUCUCGGAAUCAGGCUCCAACCUCUCACAAGGCCAGCGCCAGCUUCUCUGCCUCGCACGCGCGCUGCUGAAAGCGCCCAAGGUGCUGUUGAUGGAUGAGGCAACCGCAUCCAUCGACUACGCUACCGACUCGAAGAUCCAAGAUACGAUCCGUCUUAUUAAGAAUACUACGAUCACUAUUGCGCAUCGGCUGCAGACUAUCAUUGACUACGACAAGGUGCUUGUCCUGGAUAAGGGGUCUGUCAUCGAGUAUGGCGAUCCGUAUGAUCUUAUCCGUCAGGACGGCGGGUCGUUCAAGGCCAUGUGCGAGACGACGGGAGAGCUUGAUGCGCUUACUAAGACGGCGGAGGAGGCGCAUAAUGCUAGGGGGUAGGGGACUGGGCGUGGUCUCGCUCGUAUCCUGUUUUUUUGUGUACAAAACUCGCUUCAGUGCUUUUUUUUUGGAUGGAUGGAUGGAUGGAUCGGAGAGUAUGGCGGGAG